GGGCAGCUGAUCUACGUCAACCCCUUGGGCACUGAGACCUCCCCCACCGACCCCCCCACGGACCCCGGGCCCCCCUACCCUGGCACGGACGCCCUUCCCCUCAACCUGGACCUCCCCUGCCCUCGGGGUAUGGGCACCCGGGCACGAUCUUCCCCUCGGGCGUGGUCGGGCACCCGCCCCCCCCGCCGGCGAUGUCUCCGGGCACGCGGGUCGUACACGCCUUCAUGACGGGCACGGUUCCUCCCGCCCACGCCACGCCCACCCUCACGCCCACGCCCUCCCGCUGCCGCCCGACCUGGUCAUCCCCGUGCCCGCCAUGUCGCCCAACAUGGCCUCGGAGGCGGCGCUGCUGGGCUACGUGCCCGGCGCCCAGUACGCGUGCCCCAAGUGCUCGCUGGUGUUCGACGCCGCCCACGACCUGACCACCCACGUCGCCACCCACGCCCUCGACCCCGUCCACGCCCACGCCCACGACGGUCUCGGAGGCGCGGAAGGGGAGGUGGAGGCGCCCGCGAUGAUCACGAUCCACAUCCCGCCCUUCGCCAGCCCCGGCACGCCCGCAACGCCCCUCACGCCCACGGCAGCGAACCGGACGCACAAGAGGAAGCGCCGUGACCCCGCCAAGGAGGGGUCGACCCCGCGCGGGCCCCCACGUGACCGCUACCGCCUCUUCCAGUGCUGGGAGUGUGGGGGGACCUUCACCACAUCGGGGCAUCUCAAGAGGCAUAUGGAGGCCCACGGCGCGGACCGGCGCCACAAGUGCGACCAGUGCUCCGCCUCGUACUCCAGGCAGGAUAACCUACUGAAGCACCUCGAGGUCCAUAGCAACGGGGGCGUCCUCAUCUCUAGGUAGUGGGUGGUGGGCGUGGAUAGUGGGGUCCUCAUCUCUAGGUAGUGGGUGGUGGGCGUGGGCGUGGGUUGUGGGCGUGGGCGUGGGCGUGGAUAGUGGGCGUCCUCAUCUCUAGGUAGUGGG